AUGACUCUCCACGAGCCACCCGCCAAACUCAAUAGGCAGACAUCGACGCUUUUAAGGCCGCCGACACUGAACAAACCGAUACUCACUUUUGCAGACAAUGAUUGUCUUAAAACCCCAACUAUGAGUGAUAUGUUAAAGACUCCAACGAUCCACUCACCCAGACACACGCCUAUGAGCAUGGACGGUUCUAGAAGGCUCAACGGAUUCUCCGGAUUCACACCACAAACUGAUCAAACGUUUUUCGGUGAAGAUGAACCGCUGUUCAAUCAGUUUGAAAUGCGGCGGACGAUGGCGGCAGCGUCGGCGAGCACGUCUACAAUAUCCCCUCUGACAGUGCCUACGAUAGCGAACUGUAGUAGUAGUAGUAGUAGUAGUAGUAAUAGGAUCAUGGACCAUCACCCAAUAGAAGAAUUCAAACCUAAAGAGAUGCACAGUAUUGCCUUCGAAAUCCCAAAAAUGACCAAUGGACUCCAUCACAAGCCACGACCAGAAGCGCUGAAACAAGUGAAGCCUAUCGAGGAGGUUUUGUGUUCGAAAGAUGAAGACUCGCCAGGACUCUCCGCUUCAAACUUCCAAUUCUCUCCAAUGGUCGAGCAUUUUCUGCAGACGCUGACUAGUAAACAUGCAGCGGCGACGGCAGCCCAGCAGAAGCCAGCGCCGACGUUCAACCAGGAGCCUGUGAAGACCAUCCAACAACGGAGAUCAUCUGGAGACAAGCCUCGCUUCGCCAACUCUCUCCAUGUCCCAUCACUCCCAAGAAAAGCCAGUGAACCAUCCCUGCUGCACCAACAACAUCAACCCCAGCCCCUCCAACCACCUCCUCUUGCUCCGACAUCCCGUCCAAUGACAGUAGUAGUCCCCCGAAUAGUUCCACGUGUCACACGAACCAAUACAGCCGGCACGCUGACUCUGGCUCACCAUUCAUCAGUCUCUCCGAUUCCCACACACGUUGAUGAUUCGUUUUUGAACAAUUCGAAUUUCGCGGGCAUGAAUUCCAAUUUUGGAGACGCUCCCAACUUGUCCCAUUUUGAGCCCAAACCGGAACCAAUGGAUGAUUAUUCAUAUGGAACCGGCGGUGGUAACGGUUAUGAUGUGAAUAGUCAGGAUUUCGAUUCGUUCGAAUUUUCGUCAACAUCGGAGGAAUUGAAGAAUAUUGGUUGUCAGAAGAUGAAGAAGAACUCCAACAUGCCUCUACAGGAUCGUCCGUACAAGUGUCCACGGGAUGGAUGUGAUAGAAGGUUUUCGAGAAGUGAUGAGUUAACAAGACAUAUUAGGAUUCAUACGGGGCAGAAGCCAUUCCAGUGCCGAAUCUGCUCUCGAGCCUUCUCUCGAUCCGAUCAUCUGACAACUCAUGUUCGUACGCAUACUGGUGAAAAACCAUUUUCCUGUGAAAUCUGUGGCCGGAAGUUUGCACGAAGUGAUGAACGUAAACGACAUGUUAAAGUUCAUAAAGUAUCGAGCCAUGGCAAGCACAAAUAUGACUAG